AAAAUCUUUCUUACCUAUUCAUCUUUUUCACACCGCCAUACUUCUUUUCCACAACCUUCGUAUUUCCCAAAAUCCCUAAACAGAGUAAACUCUCACAUAGCUUUUGGCUUUUGGCUCAGCAACACACACAGACACAGACACAUACAGAGACAGAGACACAGAGAAUGUUCAAGAAGGCAGUGGAGGCAAAGUCACACCAGAGGCUGUCAGGGGCAGACAGGAAGAAGCUUAAACGCACCGUCAGAGACCGUUUCCCCGCAGCCUCGGAUGCCGACAUCGACGCUUUGUUCCCUCCCAAGGCUGAGAUAACUGUUGCAAAGUUUCAAAAUCGAGUCCAUGUAUAUGCUGUAGAAGGAGGCUUUCCUAUGUUUUUUGAUGUUGAUGGGCGAGGCACAGAAAUAUAUCCCACAGUGUUUGCUCUAUGGAAGGUUCCUGAUCUCUUGCCUGUUUUCAUGCUAAAGGGGGGUGAGGUUUCACGAUUCAUCAUUGGAGGGGCAGAUUUGAUGUUUCCUGGUAUCAGUGUACCUGUAGAAGGUCUACCUUCAUUUCUAGCUGGGGAAACAUGGGCUGUAAAAGUCCCUGGUAAUCCAGCUCCCAUUGCGGUAGGAGCAACCACUAUGAGCAGCACUGAAGCCUUAAAAGCUGGGCUGCGGGGAAAGGCAUUGAGAAUCACUCACCAUUAUCAUGACAUACUAUGGGAAUCAGUUGAGGGCCACUAUGUGCCAAAUGCUGGCUUUUUUGAAGAUGUUGUGUUUGAGGAUCCUGCUUUACUGCAGUCCGGCCAAGCUUCUGAUUCAUGUGAAGGUUCUACUGAUGUGUCAAAUGGGCAGCGGAAUGGUGACGAUAACAUUGAAGUUGGAGAAAAUGUUGAUGUAACUGAUGUCUUUGAUGAAGCUAAUCAUGCUUCAAGUUCAUCAAAACAGAUUGAUGUCGACAAUGCUACUGCUGAAGAAAUAAUUGGCGGAGUUGGUGAUUUGAAGGUGACAGACAACGUUUUAUCUGAGGAUUUGAAUGUCCAACAUACUCUAUCCACUGAAGAUGUGGAUGCUCUUUUGGAUAAAUGCCUUUUGCAAGCCUUGCAUACAACAAUUAAAGACAAAGAUCUUCCUAUGCCUGGCAGUACACUAUGGGCAAACCAUGUAUUACCUUGUAGGCCUUCAGGAAUCACUCUAGACAUCAAGAAAUCAUCCCAUAAGAAAUUAUCGAAGUGGUUACAAGCUAAAUCUUCUAUGGGACUGAUUUCCGUAAAAGAAGAUAAAUAUAAAAAGGAGGUUAUGUUAUUGUCUGUUAACCGCAAUAAUGUGGAGUACUCAUCCUUCAAGCCUGAGAAACGACAAGUAGAGAAAAAUGAUCAGAUCAGUGAUCGUGCUGCUAAUGAAAGUCGGUCAAAUAAAGUGCUUGACGUGGCAGAAAUCUAUAAACCAAGUGUACAUGUCAAUCCUAUUUUUGCUUCUGUAGGAGCUGAUACAGGAAACCUUUAUAGUGCCUCAGAAGCCACUGAUAUUGUCUUCAAAUAUGUUGAGAAAGAAAAUCUGGUGAAGCCUACAGACAGGUCCAUUGUAGUCCUGGAUCCCAUAUUAUGUGAUGCACUGUUCAAGGGGGCCAUAAAAAAAGGAUCAAGGUACCCAACAGAAAUUCAUAAAAAAGAUUUAGGGGCGGCAUUCAUAAGCCGGAUGCAACCUCACCACAUUGUGACAAGAGGAAGUGAGUCAGUUGUUCGUAAAGGUGCUCUGAAAGCAAUUCAGAUAUUGACAGAACGGCGGCAAGGUAACAAAAAGGUGACUAAACUUUCAGGGAUGGAAUCAUUUUUGAUUGAUGCUGAAGCAUUGGCAUCUGAGCUUCAGAAAAAGUUUGCUUGCAGUACAUCAGUGACAGAAUUACCAGGUAAGAAAGGACAUGAGGUUUUGGUACAAGGUGGAGUGAUUGAUGAUCUUGCGAAACAUCUAAUUGAACAAUAUGGAAUCCCUAAGAGAUAUAUUGAAGUUCUUGAUAAAACCAGGAGAUGAUAGGCUGAGAUGUGGUUCCUUUUUCCCCCCAUUGUUAUUAUUCAAGUUCAAUGCGCUUAAAGAUGUGUAUUUCUUGUGGUGCAAUAAAUGUCUGUAUUUGGAUUUCUGUGUUGCUUUUGCGCUGCUGUUUUGUGUAGGCAGCAGCAUGCUGUGAUGUGAGGCUUGAUCAAAUAUUUUCAUGCUGCAUGCGUGAUGUUAGUGAAUUUUUAUGCAUAUGUUCUUUAAUUAUAUAGUUGUCAAUUAAGCAAAAAAAGAUGUAUAUCAAGGACUCUGCUCAAAAUCAUGGGCAACCUCAGGUCAUGCACUAUCAUCAGUAGAAGGCCCAGCAGCAAAACACUGGUGGCCUUGUAUGCUUUGGAAUGCUUGCAAUUCUGAGGAUUUUGAACGAGUAUUGGAAUUGCUAAAUUUAUAAGCAUUUUAUACAUGACAUGUUUCUCUA